UGUGACUCAAACCAACAUGCGCACUGUUUCGACGCGGUCGCAAGUGAAGUUUCGAACUUGCACGUGAGUUUGUUUACUUUCUGCAUAAUAUAGUGUUUUUGAGUUUUUAACAUAAUGCUGAGAAGUAAAGGAGAUCCUGGAUUUUGUCCAGUGUGUGGUUCCAUCCUACCUUUGCUUGAUUUAUCAGGAAAUAUUAGCUGCUACACGUGCAAAAAUAGCAUGAAUCCAGAAUCCCUGGGAAAAAUGGAAAGCGAAUACACCAUUCACUUCAAUACCUUUAAGCCAAAUGCUUUGAAACAAGAGAAAGAAGCGAAUAAUGAAGCCGAAGGUCCAAUAAUUGAGAGGAAAUGUCCAAAGUGCGGCAACGAUAAGAUGAGCUAUGCCACUCUUCAGCUGCGUUCCGCUGAUGAGGGGCAAACUGUCUUCUACACAUGUACGAAGUGCAAGUUCAAGGAGUCCGAAAAUUCGUAGACUACGGACAUGUGGCAACACUAUUUCGCUAUCGGCUGUCAACGUCAUCUCCGGCCAUUUCACUUCGGCUUUUGUGUGGUCAUUUGGUGGU